AUGUUCAAACCAACCUCACCCCUCCAAAAAAUGAUCCGCCGCCUCCCCCUCUCCACCAAGCAAGCCGGAAAAGAGUACUACAAGGGCAACCGCGUAGGCAAUACCGGCAAAAUCGACAAAUUCGGCAACUUUGCCCCGGAUUGGAGUAAAAUCAGAACCUACGUAUUUCCCGUACAAGGCACACAGUAUGCAGAGCUAACCCCCUUCGUAUCGCGCACAAUCCCCACGACCCAGCGCUCCGCAACACGCACGGCCGCGCCCUCGCCCUAUCCCGCUCACUUCUCCGGUGACGACUACCUUCGCGCGUGGAAGCUCGGGGGCGGGUACGAUGUGUUGGACGCGGAGGCAGGGAAGAGCGUGGGCAAGGGGAAGAAAGCAGCGAAAAAGGAUGAGAGGGGGGGAAAGGGGAAUUUGCCCGUGGUGGAGGAGGCGGCGGGGGCUGGGGGGAAGGCUUGA